UAAUAUGCUUAACCGGCGUCGCUGAAUGAUGACGUGCUCCACAUGAUCUUAUUUUCUGUUUAUACCGGACUCCGGAAAUUAUUUCACUAAUAUCGAUAUCAGAGAGUAAAGUAGAAGAGUUGGCAUGGAGAAAUUGGUUUAAUAAUUGCAAAACGUGCUGAAUGUCAGAGAGACCAUGCAGCCCCUGAGAGAUGCAGAGCUCGGUGCUUUCACCUUCUUCGCCUCUCCACUUCCUCAUGAUGUUUGUGGCAGUAACGGUCUCCCCCUGACCCCCAACUCCAUCAAGAUCCUGGGCCGCUUCCAGAUCCUUAAAACCAUCACACACCCCAGGCUGUGUCAGUACAUUGACAUCUCUCGAGGAAAACAUGAAAGACUUGUUGUCGUCGCCGAACAUUAUGAACGCAGCCUGAAGGAUCUUCUCAAACAAGACAAAGCCAUCAGUUCAGAGCAGGUUCUGCAGAUCGCCUACGAGGUGUUGGAAGGACUGGCGUUUAUUAACACACACGGUCUGGCUCAUCGAGCUCUCAGCCCUCAUAAUGUGCUCCUGGAUUGUAAGGGUAAAGUAAAACUGGCCAAGUUUGGUCUUUAUUACAUGACGGACCACGGAGCAGAUGUGGAUUUCCCUAUCGGGUAUCCAUCUUACCUCGCUCCAGAGGUUAUCGCCCAGGGCAUGUUCCAAUCCACUGAUCCCUCCCUCAGCCAGGUCCCUUUACCCUCAGGGCCUAAGACUGACGUGUGGUCUCUGGGGAUGCUGCUGUUUGAGCUUUGUGCUGGCAGGCAGGUUUUACAGAACAUUGAAAUUAGCGAGAGAUUAAAGUUCAUCAUCACCUUAGGAUGCAUGGAUGACAUCGUGACGGUCCUUGCAGAGGAGCACGGAUGCCUGGACGUCAUUAAGGAGCUUCCUGACAAUGUGCUGCUGUUAUUGAGGAAAUGCCUGACUUUUUUGCCUUCGAAACGAGCGACUCCAGCUGAGCUCCUAGAAGACUCCGUGUUUGAGGGAAUUUCCUGCCUCUACGCUCUGUAUGAGAGUCCGGUCUCUCUGUUCUCCUCCUCACUGCGCUGUGCUCACCUCCAGCUACCUGAUGAUAUCACCCAACUCUGCAAAGUGGACGGGGAGGACUAUCUGACUGAGAGAUCUGUGGAUGAAGUUUAUUAUCUGUGGUGUCUGGCAGGAGGAGACCUGGAGAAGGAACUCACAAACAAAGGCAUCAUCCAGUCUAAACCUCCAGUCUGCACCCUGCCCAAUUUUAUUUUAGAAGAUGGCGAGACGUUUGGUCAGGGCCGAGACCGAAGUUUCCUGCUGGAUGACACCACUGUGACACUCUCGCUGGGUCAGCUCAAAAAUAGGCUGAAGGAUGUAGCAGGAGAGGCGUAUUACCCGCUGCUGGAGGACGAACAGUCCUGUCUGCCUCAGUCCAUCAGCAGUAACGAGCUCUCAGCCGCCGUCAGCCUCCCGCUCAUUAUCCGAGAGAGAGACACAGAGUACCAGCUUACACGCAUCGUACUGUUCGACAGGCUCCUAAAGGCGUAUCCAUACAAAAAGAACCAGUUGUGGAAGGAAGCCAGGAUAGAUAUUCCUCCUCUUGUCCGAGGACUGGCCUGGGCUGCUUUACUGGGAGUCGAGGGGGACAUUCAGGCAAAGUACGAGUCCAUCGAUAAGGACACGCCCAUCCCCACAGACAGACAGAUUGAAGUGGACAUCCCACGCUGUCAUCAGUAUGACGAGCUGCUCUCCUCGCCUCAGGGUCACAUCAAGUUCCGGAGAGUUCUGAAGGCUUGGGUCGUGUCUCAUCCUGACCUGGUGUACUGGCAGGGUUUGGAUUCACUCUGUGCCCCGUUCCUGUACCUGAACUUCAACAACGAGGCACUUGCGUAUGCCUGCAUGUCCGCCUUCAUCCCCAAAUACCUCUACAACUUCUUUCUAAAGGACAACUCGCACGUCAUUCAGGAGUACCUGACUGUUUUCUCUCAAAUGAUAGCCUUCCACGACCCCGAGCUCAGCAACCACCUCAACGAGAUCGGCUUCAUACCAGACCUGUACGCGAUUCCAUGGUUCCUGACAAUGUUCACUCAUGUCUUUCCAUUGCAUAAGAUCUUCCACCUUUGGGACACGCUGCUGUUGGGCAACUCCUCAUUCCCGUUCUGUAUCGGAGUGGCGAUCCUGCAGCAGCUGCGUGACCGCCUCCUGGCCAACGGCUUCAACGAGUGCAUCCUGCUUUUCUCUGACCUUCCCGAGAUUGAUAUUGAACGCUGUGUCCGGGAAUCUAUCAAUCUGUUCUGCUGGACUCCCAAGAGCGCCACAUACCGGCAGCAUGCCCAGCCGCCUAAACCCGCCAGUGAUGGCAAUGGUUUUGGGAAGACUACAGCCUUCUAUUCAUCAGAGUAUCAAGACCUGUCAAAUACAGACCUGUCCCGUGAGCCGCUGAAACUCUCCGAGCUGAAGGCUGAAGUGUCUCCACGGAUCUCAGCUGAGGAUCUGAUUGAUCUGUGUGAGCUGACCGGCCCGGCUCACUUCAAAACUCCAGUAAAGAGACCCAAGGCGGUCAAAACCAAGAUCGUGGCAGUAGACAUCCGGAGUAACGAGGACUUCAGCCGUGGUCAUAUCCCAGGCAGCAUUAACGUUCCGUACAGCUCGGUGUUUGGGCCGGACGGAGAGCUGCUGCAGUGCCCCAGCACCAACACACUGGCCAGCUACAAGAGCAGAGUCGUCGUCAUCCUCAGCAACAUCACCAAGAACGCGGCUGCGUUUGCUGCUCACCUGGUGAAGGUGAAUUUCCCUCGUGUGUGUGUCCUGGAUGGCGGCAUCAACAAAAUGAAACCCACCGGCCUUUUGACUGUGCCGUCUCCACAGAUCUAAACCCGCGCGUGUGUGUGUGCGUGUGUGUGUGUGUACAUGUACGUGCUUGCUUGUGUGUUCAUGUGUGUAUGUUCAUGUACUGUACAUGUAUGUAUGUGUGUGCAUGUGUAUGUUUCGUGUGUGUGUGUGUCAGUCUAAAGAGCAUUUUUUUUGUACCCUGUAUUGAAUAUGGCAUGUACAUGAAUACGCUUGUGUUUAUUAAGAUUAAUGUCUAAAUCUUCUUGAACUAUGAGGGCAUUUCAUUUACAAUCAUGUCAAGUGCUGUAAGAAGUAAAGUAAACAACUGUAACACAUUUAUACUGAAGUAUGUAAUAGCUGACAUCUAAUAUAACAUAUACUAUACCAUGAAUAUGUAUAAUAUUUACAUUUCCAUAUUCACAUGGGAUUUGAACACAGCUGUCUGCUGAAAUCCCAGCAUCAGUACAGUAUUUCGCUGUAUUACACUUUACAGAGAUUGCAGUUGUUUACUUCACUAGCAUCCCAUUUACAGUAAAAAAAAAAAAAAAAACCUUUUUACGCUCUUCAUCAUCUCAUCAUGUAACAUCCCACUGUAAUAAAGGAUUAAUUAAAGCUUUUUUCUGUUCAACUGU